CAGACACAGUGCCGCGGAACGAAGGACUCAUUUGUCGAACAAAUUGGCGAUAAUCUGUGUCCGGCGAUCCCACGGCGACGAUGUCACACGAAAGGAAGGAGUAACGCAUGCGUUGACACGUGAGGAGUGUCGUGUUGGAUCGCGAACCAGGCGAGGAGACGAACAGUCACGCACAGUUGGAAAUAAGUGUGUGCAAAACGGUUGUUAAGUGAGACCGGUGCGACGAACAGGGCAGCUAUAAUUGGCGAACGACGAUGGUCGGGAUCAAGUUUAAAAGGACCAUCAGGAACCGAGUUCCAGUUUUGAAGUGGCUACCGCGGUACAAGGCGGAAGAUGCGCUGGGCGACCUCGUUGCCGGUCUCACCGUGGGAUUAACAUUGAUACCCCAAGCGAUAGCUUACGCGAGUCUGGCAGGACUAAAGCCGCAAUAUGGGCUUUACAGCGCGUUCGCGGGUAGUUUCGUCUACAUCGUUUUCGGGACCUGUCGAGAGGUCAACAUAGGCCCAACUGCGCUCAUAUCCUUGCUGACCUGGACUUACGCGAGAGGCAUUCCCGAGUACGCAACGUUGCUGUGCUUUUUGUCGGGAUGCAUCACGAUAUUCCUCGGCAUCCUGCGCUUGGGAUUCCUAGUCGAGUUCGUGUCGAUACCGGUGGUAUCUGGAUUUACGUCAGCCGCGAGCGUCAUCAUUGCCUGCAGUCAAAUAAAGAGUCUGCUGGGCCUGAACAUACACGGCGAGAGUUUCGUUGAGAUUUGGCGAGAAUUGGCGAAUCACAUAACUGAUACCAGAAUACCAGACUUGAUACUGUCCUGCUGCUGCAUUUUAAUUCUGCUGGUGCUAAAGCAUUUGAAGGAUAAGAAGGUCGCUAGUACCACGUUAAAGAGAUUCCUUUGGACGAUCGGUACAGCUAGGAACGCUCUCGUAGUCAUUCUCUGCGCGGUUGCCUCCUACAUCUUCGAGAUGCAUGAUGGGGCACCGUUCGUCCUUACAGGCCACAUCGACCCUGGCCUGCCAAGUAUCGCGCCGCCUCCGUUUUCGAGGACAACUGGCAAUCAAACGGAAAGCUUCAUUGAUAUAACGAAAAGCUUCAAGUUUGGCAUCAUAGUCGUACCGCUCAUCUCGAUUAUCGGGAAUGUCGCCAUCGCGAAAGCGUUUUCGCGAGGAAUGCCACUAGACGCCACGCAGGAGAUGCUGACUCUCGGACUAUGCAACGUGAUCGGUUCGUUCUUCCAUUCAAUGCCUGUCACGGGAUCCUUUUCGAGAAGCGCGGUGAAUAAUGCGUCCGGUGUUAGGACACCUUUAGGUGGCAUGUACACAGGUAUUCUAGUAAUACUUGCGCUGACUUUAUUGACUCCGUAUUUCUACUACAUUCCAAAAGCCACGCUAAGCUCCGUCAUAAUUAGCGCGGUGAUAUUUAUGGUGGAAGUUGGCAUGAUACUCCCGAUCUGGAAGUGUAACAAACGUGAUCUGAUACCGGCAUUUGCCACGUUCCUCGCUUGCCUGUUCGCCGGGGUCGAGCUGGGAAUUUUGAUAGGUACGAUAAUUGAUCUCGCCAUAUUGAUAUACCUCAAUGCGCGGCCGACAAUGUAUAUCGAGUACAGAAAUACUCCGACGACCAACUACGUCUUGAUACGUCCUAGUGCUGGACUUUUGUUCCCGGCGGUGGAUUACUUGAGAACGCACUUAACCGAGGCGUUGUCUGACAAAUAUCAGAGCUCCCAGAAGAAUCCAAAUACCUUGACGAACGUCGUGCUGGAUUGCGAGCAUAUCGAUAGGAUAGAUUUCACUGCUGCGCAGGGUGUCAGUAUGGUGAUGAGGGACUUUAGGGAUAACGAUCGCCAAUUGAUAAUGCUGCGGCCAAAUUCCGACGUCUUAAAGAGUGUGCAGUCAUUGUCGAGCAAGCCGAUCUUGACGGCGAGAAGCGAUACUGAUCUACUCGCAGUUUUGAGGGAAGUCGAAGGAACGGCACGCUCCGAUGCUCGGGACGCGAAUAAUGAUGUCGAGAUUCCAAACUGCAAGAUCGCUUGUGAGAAUUCGAUGGAUGAACUCACCACCACCAAACUGUGAUGCCUCAAACAUUUUCUUCGUGGCGAUGGAAACAUUAUUGGCGAAUAUUGAGCAUACAAAAAUCUAGAUAGUUUACGUACAUUUCUUUAAGUAAUACUUAUCUGUUUAAUUAUUAUCGAUUUGUAUAAUAUUAAUGCUUGAAUAUUCUUAUGUACAAAAUCCGAUUGAAUAUGUACAUACUUGUGCAUAUCGCCAUAAAUAUUCAGAACAGAUCUCAAAGAUAUAAUGUAAGCCGUUUUAAAUGUUGCUACCAUUCGUCACUUUAUCUGAACAUGGAAAGUAUUAUAUUUAAUUAGGCAUUUCUAGGAGCACUUGCGCACUUUACAUCUCAAUUGUUUAGCUUGAUGAGUUAUUUGAUAUAAUUAUUUUUCGAUAAGAAAGUAAAGAAGAUUUAGAUACUGGAAAUGAUCGAUUAAAAAUAAUAAAUGAUUUGGAUUACAGGAUUAGUAGUGGAUAUAAAGUAAUGUUCUGUACUCGAUAAAUAUAUAACGAUACACGAAAG